AUGCCGAGCACCUCGGAGGCGGCGGCCGGCGGGAGUGGGGGAAGCCGGGGCUGGGGGAGCGGCGGCGGCGCGGCGGCAGAGGCGGCCGCCGAGAAGAAGCGGCUGCAUCACCGGAGACGGAAGCGCUUCGCGGCCCAGCCGCAGCCUCCCCCCCCGCCGCCGGCCCCGCACCCGCUGCUCUUCCCGCUCCUGCAGCCGCCCCUCCUGCAGCCCCCGCUCCUGCAGCCGCCGCUGCCGCCACAGUCCCUGCUCUUCCUGGCGGCCACCGGCGCCUCCUCCUGCUGCGGGGACGGGGGGGAGCGAAAGCGGCCGCGGGGCAAGCGGCGCUCGGGAUCCCGGCACAAGCGGCGGCGGGGCCGCGGCGGAGGCGGCGGCGGCGGCGGGACCCAGGAGGCGGAGAAGCGGCGCGGUAGCGGGGGGCUGAGCACGCUGGUGGAGGAGUACGACGACGUGAGCUCCCAGUCCGAGGGGCUGGUGGGCGGCGGCGCGGCCGGCGGCGGAGCGGGCAGCGGCGCGGGGAGCCCGGCCUCGUCCCCGGGCGGCGGCGGAGGCGGGAGUCAGCGGCUGCGGGGCGAGGCGGAGAGGAGUGGGCGAUCCCGCCGGGAGCAUCGCAGCGGCAGCGGCCGCUCGAAGGAGCGGCACCGGGAGCACCGGCGGCGGGGGGAGGAGAAGGCGCAGCAGGAGGGGGCGGCGGCGGGCCGCGGGGGGAGCGAGGCCGCCUCGUCCUCCUCCUCCAAGUCCCGCAGCCGCCACAACCACGCCGGGGGCCAGGACCGGGAGGGACUCAAGAGCGGCGGCGACGGCCGCAGGAAGGGCUCCCUUGCCUCGCCCGGUAGCGGCAGGAAAGAGCGGGAGAGUAAAGCGCACCGCAGCCGGACUAAAGCGGCCAAAGAGCCGCCGUCGGCUUACAAGGACCCGCCGAAGGCCUACCGUGACGACAAGCCCGAGCCCAAGGCUUACCGGCGGCAGCGUUCGUCCCCCAGCCCUGGCCGGGAUGACAGUCCACCGCUGCAUCGCUCCUCGCAGAGCCUGCGGAGCCGCAAGUCGCUGAGCCCCGCGGGCGGCCGCUCGCCCCUCAGCCCCUACAGCCGCCGCCGAUCCCCCAGCUACAGCCGGCACAGCUCCUACGAGCGCGGCGGAGAUGUGUCGCCCAGUCCCUACAGCAGCUGGCGGCGGUCGCGGAGCCCCUACAGCCCCGUUAUCCGGCGGUCAGCAAAAUCUCGAAGCAGAAGUCCAUAUUCAUCAAGGCACUCAAGAUCUCGUAGCAGACACAGGUUGUCCAGGUCGAGAAGUCGUCAUUCAAGUAUUUCUCCUAGCACAUUAACUCUGAAGAGUAGCCUGGCUGCUGAGCUGAACAAAAACAAAAAAGCAAGAGCAGCUGAGGCAGCUAAAGCCAGUGCAAAAGCUUCCAACACUUCAACGCCGACGAAGGGAAACACUGACACUGCUGCAAGCGCACCUCAAUUGAACAAUGUAAAGGACCUGAAGAAAGUAAAAAUUGAGCAUACACCUUCUCCUACGAGCAGCGUAACUGUGAAGAAUGACAAGGCAAAAGCAAAGGUCUCACUUCCAGAAACUAAAGGAGAAAAUAAUCUGAUCGCAGACAAAAGUACUAAACAGAAAGCUACAGCGGUAAAAGAGGACAAAGCAACUGUUGUAAAACAGCAACCGGUCACUGUAAAAGAGAAAACCAAACCGAGCACACCGAGCGUAGUAACAAAGGAGAAGGAGAGAAUUGUUGCACUACCAGCCUCCACACUGCCACCCUUGCCUUUGCCUCCCACGCUGCCUGAAGAUAACGAAACUGAUAGUAGCUUGAGAGAGAAUAUUACAGUGAAGUCAGUUAAAGAAACAGAGAAGAAACUUCGCCAUCUGCUUGCAGACUUGCCACUUCCACCUGAGUUGCCGGGAGGAGCUGAGUUAGGCAAAAGUCCUGAAGAAAAGAAACCAACAGUUCAGUUACACAGCAAGAGGAGACCAAAAAUAUGUGGACCACGACAUGGUGAAACAAAAGAAAAAGAAAUAGACUGGGGAAAACGCUGUGUGGAUAAAUUUGAUAUCAUUGGUAUUAUUGGUGAAGGCACUUAUGGACAAGUUUACAAAGCCAGGGAUAAAGACACAGGAGAAUUGGUAGCACUAAAGAAAGUACGACUGGAUAAUGAAAAGGAAGGGUUUCCAAUUACAGCUAUUCGGGAGAUUAAAAUUCUUCGACAGCUGAAUCACCAAAGCAUUAUCAACAUGAAGGAAAUAGUGACAGAUAAGGAAGAUGCUUUGGAUUUCAAGAAGGACAAAGGUGCAUUCUAUCUGGUAUUUGAAUAUAUGGACCAUGAUUUGAUGGGACUGCUGGAAUCUGGUUUGGUUCAUUUUAACGAAAAUCAUAUAAAAUCAUUUAUGAGACAGCUGAUGGAGGGUUUGGCCUACUGCCACAAGAAGAACUUUUUGCACAGAGAUAUAAAAUGUUCAAAUAUUCUACUAAAUAACAGAGGGCAGAUAAAGCUUGCAGAUUUUGGGCUUGCUCGGCUGUACAACUCGGAAGAAAGCCGACCAUAUACCAACAAAGUUAUUACAUUAUGGUAUCGGCCUCCUGAACUUCUGCUUGGAGAAGAAAGAUACACGCCAGCUAUCGAUGUCUGGAGCUGUGGCUGCAUCCUGGGUGAACUUUUUACAAAAAAGCCAAUAUUUCAAGCAAAUCAAGAACUUGCUCAGCUGGAACUUAUAAGCCGAAUCUGUGGGAGCCCUUGUCCAGCAGUGUGGCCUGAUGUUAUAAAAUUAGCUUAUUUCAACACAAUGAAACCAAAGAAACAGUAUCGUCGAAAACUGAGAGAAGAGUUUGCAUUCAUCCCACCAGCUGCAUUAGAUUUGUUUGAUUACAUGCUUGCUCUGGAUCCCAGCAAGCGCUGCACAGCUGAACAAGCUCUUCAGUGCGAGUUUCUGCGAGAUGUGGAACCAUCUAAAAUGCCUCCCCCAGACCUUCCUUUGUGGCAGGAUUGCCAUGAGCUGUGGAGUAAAAAACGCAGAAGACAGAAGCAAAUGGGCAUGACUGAUGAUGCAACAGCAGCUAAAGUCCCUAGGAAGGAUCUGUCUCUAGGCAUGGAUGAGAGCAGAACCAACACCCCACAAGGCAUGCAAACUUCUUCCCAACUCAAAACUCAGGGCAACUCUAGUGUAGCACUUGCAAAAACAAGCACUGGACAGCAGUUAAACCAGAAUGAAGUGGCAAUCCUGCUAAACCUCCUACAGUCUAAAACAAGUGUUAGUUUGGCACAGUUUGCCCAAGUGUUGAAUAUUAAGGUAAACCCAGAGACUCAGCAGCAACUAAAUAAAAUAAAUCUUCCUGCUGGAAUUUUGUCAGCAGGUGAAAAACAGUCAGAACAGCAGCCGCCGCCGCCUCCACCGCCACCGCCGGAACAGGAGUCCCUAAAACAGCCGACCGUCACGCAGCCUCCUGUGCCACCUGCUCAGCUGAGUCAGCCCAAAGUGGAAACUGACGCUGCCCAGGCAGCUGUACAGAGUGCAUUUGCUGUUCUGCUGUCUCAGUUAAUAAAGGCUCAGCAAACAAAACAAAAAGAUUUGGUGUUGGAGGAGAAGGAAAACGGAUCAGGAAAUGAAAUGUCGUUACAACUCAGGCAGCCUCCAGAGCCCACCACGCCUGCAUCUCUCAGCCGGGACGACAUGGAAUCUCCAGCGCCCGGUUACCCACAUCUGAUCAAGUCAUUAUAUACUCCUGCAGGUCAAGAGGACCUGGCUAGGCAGGCCGAGAUGAGGCUCCUGAACCGAACGCCGGAACAGGAACGCCCUCGGAUCCUGCCUCCAGACCAGCGUCCCCCGGAGCCCCCAGAGCCCCCUCCUCUCACUGACGAAGACCUUGAUUAUCGGACAGAGAACCAGCAUUUGCCUAUAACUAACUCUUCAGGAACAGAUCCUCACGCAGGAGUGAAAGCGGCGCUUCUGCAGCUGCUCGCUCAGCAUCAAGCUCAGGCAACGACAGAGGAGCCCGUACAGACGAGCGUGGAUUACCAGGCUAGAGACUCCUAUGUAGCAGGCCCAGACUACAAGGACAACUUUGCAUCGUCUGCCUUCUCCUCUGCUCACUAUGGCGGCAGCGAUGGCAUAGGAAGCGGGUCAUCGGGAGCGCUGGAGCGAAGGAGCUUCCUCGGGAACGCGGAUAUUCAGCCUUUGGAUAACUACAGUACUGCUUCAUCUCACUCACAGGGAGGUGCCCCUGCCCCGUCUGCCUUUUCAGAGUCCUUUCCCAGCUCAGUAACUGGCUAUGGAGACAUUUACCUCAACGCUGGCCCCAUGCUCUUCAGCGGAGAUAAAGACCAUAGGUUUGAAUACAGCCACGGCCCAAUCUCAGUCCUGGGGAACAGCAGGGACGCUUCUGUGGGGCCGGAGAGUACUCAUGCCUUGCCUGCUAAGAUGCACAACUAUAGCUAUGGAAGUAACUUACAGGAGAACCCCGGGGGCAUCAGCCACGUGCACGGACAGACCUGGACAUCCCCUGCACAAGGACCUGGCUACUCCCAAGGCUACAGGGGGCACAUUAGCACGUCUGCGGUGAGAGGGCGAGGCAGAGGAUUACCAUUUUGAGUAUCUGUUUUUCCUCAGGCACAUCGUUUUUAUCUGGAAAAACUUUGGUUUUUUUUGUUUUCUAGCUGCAGUUUAAAGCAGCAAUUCAACAGACUUGAAUAAUAUUAAUUCAACAGCUUUAUUUUUAUGUGGAAAAGGGUCUUGCAUACAGUAGGAAAAAUUAAAAAUGCUUAAAACUCAUGCUGUCUGAAAAAGAGAUGAAUUGAUUGUACAUGUUCACAAACUAGUUCUGAAUUUUUUUUUUUUUUUUUUUGUAUUUUGGCAGUUUUAAGUGGAUGCUAAAUUUAGGGACAUCAGCUUUUUAUGGCACUCUUUCAGAUCUUCUGAACUAUGCACAUUUGUGCUUUUUUUGUAAGUUUGGACCAACUUUUAUGUAAAAAAAAAAAAAAAAGAAUUUUACAACAAUCAAAGCAGGGCACUGAUUUAUUUGGUAUUUUUCUUUUUACAGAACUACCUUUAGUCAAAGGUCACUGUCAGUCAUUGCACUGCUUUCAGUGUUAUUGUGAAAGGCGUACUUUGUGCUCAUUUCAGAUAAUAAAACACAACCUUUCUCUUGAUGCAAAAUUUUAUAAAUAUUUGGUCGAUGUUAAUUUUUUCUUUCCAAAAAAAGAAAAGAAAAAAAAAGAAUGGAUGUUCUGGUAAAAUGUUCUCUCCAUCUCCCGGGCUUGUUUAUAUAUAAACUGUUUUACUUGAAUGGUAAGUGCCUUAACACGUAAGCUUAAGGUCUGCAAAAGUUGGAAGUACUCUAUAAAUCAAUGCUACAGUAAUACUGAAACCUAGAUAGUUAAUAAGAAAACCAGAUAAUAAUAGGAAACUCAAAUAGGUCAUGACUUUGUGUUGUUUACUUCAUGUGGACCAGUUAUUUAGACAUCUAAUCCUAUCUUGAUCAUCAUCAUUUCCAAAUUGAACUUCGUAAGAAACUGCAAAAGUGAGAAGAGUGAAGAGAGCAGUUUUUCCUCAGCUCCUCUUUGGAGUUGUAGUAAUUGAUUUCCUUCCUCUGCCAAAUAAACUAUGCUUCUUAUGUCCUUUCCAAGUGGUGAAAAAAAUUCUCCUCUUACAUGUCAACAGCAGUAAUUACUGUGUGUGAAAAGCUGAUGCUAUCUCCUUAUUAUGACAGCUGCUGCAUUAUGGGAAGUAAACAAAGGACAAAGGACCAGUAUUUAAAGCAGACAUUUUACACUAGUUCUAAUUCUGUAAACUCUUGAUUGUGCCAACUAAUCGUCCUUGUAUCUGCUAUCCACCCAGUAUUCUAGAGUCGGAAUCUCUCUGAACAACAGAUAAAACAACUGUAGUUAAAACUCUUAAUGAACCAAGAGCCACUCCUCAGUAACCAUAACAUGGAGCAUGUUUUUUUUCCUGUGGUGACAAGCGGUCCCUCUCCUGCAGAGAGGAGGUAUGGUUAUAUUUUGCAUGUACGUAAAAGAAUGUUUUUAAAGCCCAUAUUGGAAACAAUUUCCCAACUGAUUCUCCAGUUGACAAAUCGGUACCUUAUGUAACUGAGUGUUGAAUUAUUACUUUUUAAAAAGUAAAAUUUCUACUUACACUAUUUCAAAUGUAGUCUUGUCAGUGACUUUUUGGACUUUCAGGAUAGAAGCCAAAGUUGUCGAUGUUUUGUUUUAAUUUCAAAACCUCUUGUUCUUGUUGAUGGCCAAGUGCCACGUUGCAGGGCAUGGAGAAGGUCACUGUGCUGACUGUGUGGAUUGAGGAUCUGGCAGGUGGGAGAUGGAGGUGUCCCUGUAAGUCUGGCAGCUGCCUUCGCCAGGCACAGAAGGGAGUCCUGCCCUCUGAAAGCAAAAUCAGCCCAGGCAGUCAGGAACAAACGCUCGCGGCCGCGUGCUUUAGGAAAGUCACAGCUCGCCGGAGUGCGAGGCAGGUUGGGUUCCUUGAGUGAGGACCUCAGUAACAUUUUUCUGCUGGUUGAAUUUUAAAGGCUGAAAUCAUUAUUCUCAUUUAGGUACGGACAGCAUCAGCUGAGGCUUAUUUGUUUACUAAUCGAUAGAAAAAAAACAACCCCAAGAGGUUCAGACAGUUGUUUGUUGGUUUGUUUUUUGAGUUAAGCAAGACUUUUACAGCUCUUAGGCCAUCGUUCUCACUAAAAACGUGCAGCCUCGUGUUAUUCUACUGCACUUCCAAUGUAAAUUGGAAAGAAAAAAAAAAGCAGGCAAGUUCAAAUGGAAGGUAGGUUUCAAGGAGGACUAAGUGGUUUGACUUUCAGUACUGCAAGUGAAGGCAGGCGGAGCAGCACCACUGCUGGCUGGCAUUGCUCUGCUGCCGCACUGUUGUGCUGAGAUGGAUUUUGGUCUUCAGAUGUAAAAGCGAAGCCAAUGCAAGUAGCUGUGGCUGUGAUGGAUACAAAGGAGAUGGAGUAGACAGCCGGCUUCCGUGUGGAUCUAAACCAAAACUUGCACACUGUUGCAGAUGCGUGUUUCCCAAAUUCAGUGUAAGGAUUAGCAGCCUGUGACCGAAGACUGUUAGCUUGGGACAGCGGUGCUGGUGUAGCACAGGGGGACAGUCAGCAUGGGAUGAUGGCUGAGCAAGGAAGCUGCUGCCUUCUCUGCAGCCCGGGGAUCUGCCUGGCUCCCCCUGGUCUGGGCCUUGUCUAGGAAUUAUCCAGGCCUGAGGGCUGCCCACCUUGGGUUGUGCUGGCCCCACGUGUGAUUUAUCAACGUUUCUUUUCUGUACCAUAUUAAGAGGUGCUCACAUCAGUUGAGAAUUUGACCCUUCUGAACAAACUUCACUUAGCAGAGCGAGUCAGUGCUAGUGCAACAUUUGGCCUCGCGUGGCCGUUGCGUUUCUGCUGCAGUCGCAGGCAUUCUGAAAGCCGUGUGAUUUUCUGCGGAGCCAUGGCUUUGGUUACUUCCCACCUUCCUUUGGGUUUACUUUUUCUGUGCUGCAAUUCCAAAGUGUGCUACAGAGACCUGGACACCACAUCAAAAAGUAAGUGUUGUGUGUUUGUGUUUCUAAAACAUAGCAAAGUACUGUAACCAUGGACCAUGGAAUAGCAAGCGUUGUUAUUUAUACUGAGCAGUCAUUAGCCAUACCAAGAGGAGAAACGUGAGCACGACCGGACUGCUGGAUGUGACUUAAGGCACUUAGAGUAUUAGAACACUUACAAUCAGCCAAAGGAAAAGGAAUUGACUUGUGUCGUGGAUUGCUAGCUGUGACCUGAAACGGAGCGGUGUUUGGGAAGGGGUGUAAAAAUACAUGUCUUUAAAUGUUAAUAUAAUUCCCUGGGGGGGUGGGCGGAAAUUAAAUGGCAAAUUUCUGUAUUUUCUUAUGUUUCCACAAAACGAGUCUGUGUUGAAUUUUCUUCUUGCUGCGGCAGUGUGACAGCAGAGCUGCCGAGUGCUGCAGUGUUGAGCUCUGCGGGGUUUGGAGCUCUGCCCUUCUGCUGGUCCCUGCUGCAGGCAGGUUCUGGUGUGGCGCAGUUGCACUGGGAUCUGUUUGGUCUCUGACAGUGGGAACACAGCUCUCGUCCGCGCACAGAUUGGAUCUCAGACCAUGAAUUCUGUUUCCAAGAGAGGAAAUCUCAUGUAUUCCUUGCAUUUCUCUUAGUUAAUGAAACACACAAGCAUUUUACAUUUCUCCAGUCUGUUGUUACAGCGUUUGUACAGGAGGAAAUUUGGCUGUUUCCCUUCUUGAUGGUUGUGGGAUGUUCUUCAUACAUGAGUGUUAAGAAGAUAAAGGAUCACAGGAAAGUGAUAUGAAUUCUGUAUUUAAAAAAUGAAAUGACCUUGGGUUAAAGUCGAACUAACUUUUGCUUAUCAGGGUGAAGAAUACUUUAUUGCAGGAGUUAUUUCAAGACAACGUAAUUUAAAAUAAUCAAACUGUUAUGCUUCAGCUUGCUUAUCCUUCGUUAUUUUAAGCCAUUUGUAUAUAAAUGUAUCGUGUGGCUUGUAAAUAAAAUACAUGAAAACUUGAA